CAGUAAGAAACAUCUCCUUUGUGGGGUGUCACGUUGGAUCAGUGCUUCCGUCGCCUGGAUGGUUUUGAUGGGAUCUCUUUGGCCACGGUUUUUUUGUUUUGUUGUUCAGGGGUCGUUAGUGGUCGCACGUGUAACCAUAGAUCAUUUAACCAAUAUAUUCGACAUAAUUAUAAAAUGUGUGACUAGACCCACGACGAUAUAUGUCUUCCAGGCAGUUUGAAUGCAUUUACCUGCGAUGGCCUCCGUUUUGUGAUUGUGUGAUAUUUGUGGAUAAGCAACUAGAUUCAUGAGAUGUUUGUAUGUAGUUUGUGUUGUCUACAUAUGUAGCUCCUCUCCAGUAACACUAAGAUGCGUGCCUCCUACAAGAAGUGCUUCGGACUGCUUUUGAUCAGUGGACUCCUGCUAUCCCUGUUCUUUGCCUGGAGCCCUGGGACCAUUUCACGGGUUGACAUACGGCCAAGACUGGGGGGUCAAAUACAGAAACUCCUCGAAGAGAGAAUAGAAGACGUCAUUAGUGGCUAUCAUGACGUUUCCCAUACAAAGGAUGAUGUGGCACGUCGUUUGCCUCAAAAUACAUGCAUGUGUCUGGCUGAUGAGGAGACCUUACGCCUGCCAUUCUCCAAUCUGCUGUUCCCACGUGUGUGGGCCCACAACAUUGGUCUUGACUUCUUAGGGUCCCACCCCGACCCCAGUGGUGUGAAGCGUCACAGAGAUCAGGAGUACAACAAAUUUCAGAUGAGGUCCUACAGUCCUGCAGAUGUGCUUAUUGUAGCUGAGGCCAAGAGUCCUCUUCAGUAUCCUACGCAGGGCUUGGAGGUGCGACCCCUCAAAACGAUCAUCAUUCCAGGUUUGGGUCUUAAAGAAGAAGCAAUGUCCAUCUACAAGGUUUAUUUGACAGCAACAUUGGGGACUUUUGAUGUUGCUGCUACGGUGGAAGGGGUCUCUGUUAAAGGAGAUGGAGAGAAGCACAUGACACUUUCCAGUUCUCUUCUCUCCGCGCUAAACAGACAGCUGAAGUUUGUCACUUAUACAAACACUGUUUUUCAUCCCAAGACAGCCGAUACAGUUCAGUUUAAUACUGAUGUUCACCGGUCCUUUUUCACCAUUAAAGUUGGACAUGGAACGGUACCUAAACUUUACAACUCUGGAUAUCAAAGAGAGUACAAUAUCAGUGCUCUUGUUACCAUCGCCACCAAGACCUUUCUGCGAUAUGACAAACUCCAAGACCUCAUUGACAGCAUUCGCCAAUAUUAUCCUACAGUUACCAUAGUGAUAGCAGAUGAUAAUGAACACCCACAGCCAGUGACUGGCCCUCACAUUGACCAUUACAUCAUGCCAUUUGGAAAGGGUUGGUUUGCAGGAAGAAACCUGGCAGUGUCGCAAGUGACAACCAAGUAUGUGCUCUGGGUGGAUGAUGACUUCCUCUUUACUGCAAACACCAAGGUGGAGACCAUGGUAGACAUCUUAGAAAAGACCACGCUGGAUCUGGUUGGUGGCGCAGUGAGAGAGGUGACGGGCUACACUGCAACUUAUCGCCACACCAUUUCGGUGGAAGACGGGGGAGAGGAGGGCGACUGUUUACACAUUAGAGACGGCUACCACCACGUCAUCGAGGGAUUUCCCAACUGCGUGGUAGCGGACGCCGUCAUCAACUUCUUCCUAGGGAGGACGGACAAGGUGCAGCAGGCGGGGUUCAACCCCCGCCUGGCCCGGCACGGUCAUCUAGAGUUUUUCAUCGACGCGCUGGGUUCCCUCCACGUUGGCUCCUGUAGUGACGUGGUUGUAGGCCACGCAUCAAAGAUCAUUCUACCCUGGAGCAAAACCGACUACCAAAAGUCGUAUGACAAAUUCCGCUAUUCGUCUUCCCCUGCUGAUAAUGACGUUCAUAAGGAAGACUUCUACUUCAAGAACCGAUUCAAGUGCAUGACCAGUGAUUGAAACUUGUAGCGACAUAAAUAGUUUUUCAGGUAAAGCGAAGACUUUGUGUGGACUUGCUUUUUUUUUCUAUGAACCAAUUGGCCGGAGGAGUACCUGCAACCGAAUUCCCCUUCACAACAUGCACAAGUAUCCCACCGUCUGCCUUAAAAACGAUGACUGAACCGUCUAACAAUCCGGCGUUCUGUACAUCAUACCACCUGUUAAAUAGUUAGUUAGUUAACCUCAGAGACGACAGUGUGAGGAGCGUUCCUGUUCCUGCAUGUAUGAAUGUCUGGGUUGUUGUAUUUUUUUAUAAAUAAUGUGAGAAAAGAAUGCUGUUGUUGAGCUAACACCAUGUGUAUAAAGUUAAUUGGCAACAGCUCAACACAUGUUAUGUUACUCAAAUACUUAUGCUUUUUAAUCAUAUUUAUUGUUUACCAAUUUAAAAGGUGUUACUUGGGUAAUGUAUGUUUAUAACAUGUGGAUUUAAUGUGAAACUAUUUGUGCACUUUGCUCGUUCAUUUUUUACACGUAUACGGCAAUGUCUUGCUGUGCAAGUAAACGGAAUAUAAACUACACUGUUGAACAAUAUUUUCUGUUAUUUAACGUUGGAUAUGCUUCAUUGUCAAGGGUUACAGUUGCGGCCCUGGUCCGUUGAUCUUCAUUUUACCUCAAGUUGUUUUAUUUGGGCAGAUAAUCUGGUUGUCCGGCAACAUUGUCCGUCAACUUUGGUGUCAUGUUCCGCUUUAUCUGGGAAGUCAAAAUGGAACAUGGCGCCUCUAAAGAUGAAACAUUUUAUCCCUUUGCUUGCUUUCCUUUGUAAAUUCAAUUGUAUUCUUCAAAAAAUUAAAAUUAAAAUCCCUUUUGCCCAAUACAUUAACGUUGCAGAAUGUAAUGUUAAUGCAAUAUGAAAAUAAUUUUAGUGUCUGAACCUUACGGUUGCUUAAAAUUAUAGCACGUGUCAUUAAUUAAUUUGCCAAAUUAUCCUUCCUGACAAGUUACGUUUACUCAUAAAAUACAUAUUUUUCUGUUUAGUUGAAGUACUAUUUUCAACGUCCACAUAUAAUUAAGGAUUUUUACAUUAUGGUUUUAGUACUUUUUCUCAAGUAAUGAAUGAGUUGCGGAGUUGCAGGUAAUACAAUUUUUAUCUGAUGGUGAGAUGUGCACAUGUGUUUGAUUCCAAUCGGGUUGUACUGUAAUAGAAGUUAAUAAACUUGUCGUUUAGGGUUUUAUUGCUAUGGUGACAGCUGUAACUCCCCUGUUUCGCCACAAGAUGGAAACAAAAGAUCAGAUAACGAUGCCACAGAAAAUGAAUGAUUUUCUAUUUGCUUUCUGAGGACUCCAACGUUAUCAUUAAAUGUAACAUAUUACUACCUACAGUAGUGCUAUCAGAAUAAGUACAAGCAGUACUCGCAUUUUCAUAUUAAAACAGACCAGAUGGUUGGACCGGACUAUGCUUACCAGUACAUCUUGCUGUUUUCUGCUGUUUCUGUAUUAAUUGCAUUAAUAACACCAUAGAAAUUGCCUAUUUGAUCCUUUUAUAGAUAUUAUUCUACUAUUUUCAUUGGUGUAUUUGUUAGUUGUUGGUUGGGGGGAACUAUGCGUGGGUAUUAACAACUGUGAAUAUGUACAUGAUACCUGUAAGUAAGUUUUUAAUAUAGUAAAUCAAAGCAUUGUCAUUCAA